CCCGGAAGUGGGGCGGGCGCUUCCGUUGCCGGGCACCGCCUCCGCCGCCCCGUUUCCGGUCGGGCUGAGGAGGGGCGGGGGGGGCCGGAGAGGGAGCGGAGCGGCUUCGCUGCGGGCGGAGCCCAGGCGGCCGCGCACGAUUCUGCCAAUCUCCCAAGGUCGGGGCUUGAACCCUGCCAGAUAAAGUCAAAAACCAACCUUCCCCCCCCCCCGCCCCUCUUUUUCCCAGCCAUGCAAACUGCGGGAUGAAGCUGGAAGCCGUGGUCGAGCAGCUGCAGAAGCAGCAGCAGAAGCAGCAGCCGCCUCUGCAGAUGGAUUCCCGGGAGAGGCAGCAGAGGCAGCUGCGGGAGGCCCAGCUGCUCUACACCCAACAGCUGGCCGUGCAGCAGGCCGUCCUGGCCGCCACAUCUGGCAGGGCUUCGGGGGGCUCCGCCGGCGGGCCCUUGGCCAGAACCCCACCCGCAGCCGGGGCGAAGCGGGCGUUUGAUCAGAGCAGCAUGAAUUCGGAGCCAGAAGAAGAAGAGGAGGAUGAAGAGGAGGAGGAAGAAGAGGAGGAGGAAGAAGAAGAAGAAGAAGAAGGGGGUUUGGAAGGUGGCGAGCUCGAGGAUGGCGCUGAUGUGACUGCAAAAGAAAGCUGCUCCGCUCUGAAAUAUUUUCAUGCUCCCAAAGUUGCCCAUCACAACCAAAGAGUGGCCUCUACCUCAAACCCUCUCCCAGCCUCGGGGCACCAGCGGGGACAGCCGGGCAAAGAAGAACAGGGUAAAGACACUACGAAGCAACCGUACACUGGUUCCCCGUCUGGGCGGCAGAACUGGCGCUUGGAUGAGCAGCUCAAACAGAACGGCACCGUGACCUGGAGCGAUGAAGGCGAUGGAUGCCGAGGAAGAGAAAUUUCACGAGACUUUGCCAAGCUCUAUGAACUGGAUAGUGACCCUGAACGGAAGGAGUUCCUGGAUGACCUCUUCAUCUUUAUGCAGAAGAGGGGAACCCCCAUCAACCGGAUCCCCAUCAUGGCAAAGCAGAUCCUGGAUCUCUACAUGCUCUACAAGCUGGUGACCGAGAAAGGAGGGCUGGUGGAAAUCAUCAACAAGAAGAUCUGGCGAGAGAUCACCAAAGGCCUUAACCUGCCCACCUCCAUCACCAGUGCCGCCUUCACGCUGCGAACCCAGUAUAUGAAGUACUUGUACGCCUACGAGUGUGAGAAGAAGUCCCUGAGUUCUCCCGCCGAGCUGCAGGCUGCCAUCGAUGGCAACAGGCGGGAGGGCAGGCGGCCCAGCUACAGCUCCUCUUUGUUCAGCUACUCGCCCACCACCCCGGGGCCUCCUUCCCUCCUGUCUCCCCCAAAAAUCCGCUUCCCCAUCAUCGGCGUCGCGCCGGGCAGCGGGACCAGCAAUCCUCGGGUGUCUCCAGCAGCAGCUGUCAGAAAAGGUGACGGUGUGCCCUUGACCGUGUCUAUGCCAAACCGUAUUGCCGUGCCAGUGACCUUGGCGAGCCAACAGGCUACGGUGGCAGCGAGAGCAGCCACCCUGGAGCAGCUGCGGGAGAGGUUGGAGUCGGGAGAGCCCCCCGAGAAGAAGGUGUCGCGGAUGACGGAGGAGGAGCAGCGGCUGGUCCAGCAGGCUCUGCAGCGCAACCUCUUCAGCAUGGCGCGGCAGAUCCCCAUGAAGAUCAAAAUCAACGGCAAGGAAGACAAACCAGACUCAGCGGCAGCGGCAGCACUGAAUUUGUCACCCAACGGCAUUGGGAGCAUCAACAUGUCGGUGGAGAUUAACGGCACGAUUUACGCUGGAGUGCUUUUUGCCCAGAAGCCAGUUGUCCACCUCAUCGCAGGCUCCAGCACCCAAAGCUCCUGCAGCAGCAGCAGCAGCAGCAGCUCCCACUGCUCCCCCAGCCCUACCUCAUCCCGCGGAACGCCCGGCGCGGAGCCCUCCACCAGCUGGUCUCUCUGACGGACGGCCCAGCCUCUGGUCUCACACUGGCCUCCGGCACCUCUUCCUCUCCUUGGGGAGGGAGCGAGCCGAAGGAGUCGCACAGAUUACCUCAUCUCAAGGAACCUGCUUUUGGGGUUGGCCAACAGCGAGAUGAUGAUGAUGUUGAAACCGUUCCAUGCCAGCGAGUUUGUUCUUCAUUGUCUGUUUGGCCAGCCUUUUUCUUUUGUUCUCCCCUUUCUUACGCCCUUUUGCUUUUUGUUUUCUUCCUCCUCCUCCUCCCAGGGUUUGCUGUGUUCCUGUUGGGGGGUGGGACAUGGAGGAGGGGGGGGACACGCCUGGCGUUUUUCAAUCAGGGAUCGUCUCUAGGAGCUGCGAGUUGAGAGAUGGCCGAGACGUCACCAAGGCAGGUGGAAAGACCUGGAGUUGGGGCAGGGAAACCCGGUUCUUCUCGAACCGGUACCCACAAGGACUUUUUCCCACAAAACAACUCCGUGUAUUGACAAUCCAAAGAGCCGUUACACACGUUAAAAACCUCGCGAUCAGCUGCUCGGUUCUCCUGGCUGGUGCUGGCCUCUUCCCUGUUGUUGCCUGCUUCAGGCUUUCAGCCAAGUUUUAAACACCCUUGACCUUGUCUCUCUCCCCUCAAGGAACUCAUCCCCCUGACUUUGUGUUUUGAUCCUCACAAAAGGGCUGGUGAGUGACUUCCUUCUCCUCAAGUGUCUUUCAGUAGCCCCAGAAGCUCUUCACAAGGUAGAAGAAAUAUUUGAAAUCAAGUGGGACGUGUGUAGGUAUUGUGGUUAAUGUCACACACACGUCUUUUCCUUGGGCUCCGUAAAGCCUCCAGGCGCCCUGUCCCCUUCAAAUUGUACAUGAGCAAAAAGAAAGUCGCUCCCUCUCAGUUGAGUAAAACCUUUUGCUCUCCUGGGUGGAAGCAGAGAGAAGGAAAUCGAGCCCUUCCUUGUCCUUACCCCUCAAACCGCUGGUCAAAAGCGAAUCCCCAGCCAUGUCUGGAGCCAUGCAAGGUGACUUUAGUGACUCCAGGAGCUCAGGUCCUGCUCAGGCGGCCUCAUUCUGCCCUCUCCUCGUCCCGGCUUUGCCCCAGCCUGGAGAUCAGGUCCCAGCACCAGCCAGCCUGCCCUGGUGACGUCCUGCCCAUCCUCCAGGCCCAAGUCAGGUUUUUUUGAGCAGACGAAAUACCUCAGAUAUGUACUUGUUGUUGGGGGUUUGUUUUGGGUUGUUUUGUUGUUGUUUUUAUCUUUUUUUUUUUUUUUUGACCUCUUCAGGAAGUAUUUGCAUAUCUUAUCGCUUGUUUUUUUUUUUAAUAUGUGGUUUUGCUGACAUUGUGUUGGGUUUUUUUUUUUAUUUUAUUUUUAAUCGUAUCACCAAAGACGGAAAAAAAAGCUGAGCGAAAGAGCAGUGGCUUCCCUGUCCUUUAGGCUAAGCAGGAGACAACCUGGACAGCAUUGUCCCAGGAUGUGUGCAUGAGAUGGGAGGACAGGGAGAGGUAGGAAAAGAGGACAAGAGUGGCUGUUGACAUAGAAGAUCUGUCCUUUAUGUUGGACAUGAGGGUGUUUGCAAAGUCCCUGCUCUUUCUCCAAGUUCCAGCGUCUGUGCAAAAGCAGUUUGCUGCCCCCAAACAGCUCCUCAACCCUGCGGGGACGGCGUUAUCCCCUCGUUCUGUCUGCAUUGCACAAUUUGCCUUUGUGAGAGACGCUGAAAUAAGAAGCUACUCUCAUUUUUCACCUGUGUGGAGGUGCUUGUGUAAUGACCCCCUGAGCCAGUAGAUAUAUUAUGAUCUUACUUAAAAUCCAUGUUAUAAUUUGAGAGGUUCAGCCUACUAAAAGCCAGUUUUCUGGAGUGCAGUAUGAGAAGAGAAAGGCACCUUGUAUCUGCUCCCAAGGUGAGCGGAGCUGCGGGGAGCACGUAAACUUUGCAGGGGGGGCUGCACCUGUGUGCACCGCAGAGCCUAAGCUCAGCCUAGAAGCGUCUGUGCCUUCCUGCGAACAGCGUAAGCCUGUCUUAGUGCUCUGGGAGAUUUUACAGGUACGGGGGAGAUGCCCUCUGCUUAGUGCUGUGCUCCCUGCUGUUUAUUUUAUGAAAAGCUGUUUAUUUUAUUUUAAAAGUAUGGAUUUUAAAAACUCUGAGCCACAGGAAAAAGCCCCAUCAGCAGCCUGAGGAUUGGGCUGCAAAACUUACAUAGAAAAUGAAAUCACUAAUCCUUCUUUUAAACUCUCAAACAUCAGGUUCUCCUUUUUAAUCCCCCAGAGCGCUGCUGAGAGCUCAUGGUAAGGCUUGUGUAAACCAUGGGCAGCACCUCCUAGUUGCAAGAAGCUGCAUGCUAUCUAGACGUUAGUUUCUAUACUGUGGCUUGAAUUAUUGUGCUGCCCAACAUCAGGAGGACAAGGGAAAGCGGCUGAGGAUGCACAUGUCCCGAGAUCGAUGCUGCUCUGAGAUCUCCCAUUGCUUUGGGGGGAAAUAACAACCCCACAGCAGGCACAGAGAGGCUGAACUGCUCAGAUUGUUGUUCCGGUUUCAGAUUGGGUUUUGGUUUUCUUUUAUUUUUUUCCCCCUUUUUUUGGUUUUCUUUUGGUGUGUUUUUUUUUGUUUUGUUUUGUUUUGGUUUUUUGUUAAUGUUUUUGUGAUUUUUUUAUUUUAUUAUUAUUAUUUUUGUUUUGGGGUGGGUUUGGGGGCUCUUUCCUACAAGUGGGACUGGGGAACUUUUUGCUUUUCCUUUAUGCUUUCUUCUCUGGUCCUGGGGAGCAGAGGUUAGUAAUGGGUGGUUUUGCUGAUGUAUCACAUGCUAACGUUGUGUUUUCUUGCACAGAAAGGCACUCGAAUCACUGAACUGCUAAACAGCUUUGACACUACUAGAGUAUUAAUGUUUAUAAGCUUUACACAACUAGACUGGAAAUAGGGACUAACAGAUUGUUUUGUAUCCGAUUCAGGGAAAGAAUCAAGUCAGGAUGUGUAACAGAUACCUCAGUAAAAAUAAGCUGCAUCAAUAAACUGGUCCUUCCUCAGUGACAAGGACCAGCCAAGUCAGACUGUGAAGUUAACCCUUUCCCUAAAGCCUGGCUUAGAUCCUGGCACACGCAGGUUUUGCUGAGCUCCAGGUCUCCUACUGAGCUGCCAGGCUUUGGGGAACGGGGUUUUGGAAACCGGGCUUGUGGAAACCAGCAGCAGAGACGGGGCGGAGGAGGCGGGGGAGGCUGAGCGAGGGUGGCGGGUGCCCUCGCUCCCCCGGCUCCGCAUCAUUUCACUCGACCGUGUUCGAUUGUAAAGUACUCAGGGGUUUUGAUACUGCGGGUAGAACUGUUCCUUGCGUGAAGUGCUCUGCUUUGCGGUGUCGCUAAUUCUCUUUCAACUCCAGACCAGCGAAGGUUUUGCAGCGAGCAGCCAAACCAAAAAUUAAAAUAGCAAAUGAGGAAAAAAGAAGAAAGAAAGAAAAAUCCCCCAGCUUGCUUCCACGUGGCCUUUAGUGCUCCUGCGUCAGGGGGAGAUUUGCUGGGUUUGAUGCUAAAAACCAAGCAAAACAGAAUAAAACCCAAACCUGCUCGUCCUCUUGCAGCAGGUCCGGUUGGUGCUGGGAAGGCACAAGGACGGUGACCCUCACACCGAGUCCUUUGGAUGAUGGUUUCUCACCAAACAGCUGCAGCAGCCUUGCUACUAGUUUUCUUACCUAUUUAAAAAAAAAUAAAAUAAAAUAAAAAAAAGAUAAAAUAAGUAAAUUUUAAAAAAAGAAAUGUGAUAGCCUAGGCGGUGGAUAAAUACCUCAACGUCUCCUUCCAACAAGUGUCUGUAUAUGUUGUUGUUGGGUUGGUUUUUUUUCUAUCUUACACGUUAUCUGAAUGUUUAUAUUCCAAUAAACUUCUACCUCUUCA